AUGUGGAUGGGUGACAUGCAACCAAUUAAAGCAACUCUUGCAUUCACUAUAUCUGUUGAAAGGCCAAAUGGCAAAUCUCCCAGUUCCUCCAAGUUCAGGGAACGAGGGUGUAAUUCAUACAAAUGUGGAGAUUGGUUUAGCUCUGAGGAUGAAGAUUGGAGGGCUGGGGGUGAUGAUAUACCUAAUGUUAGGCAUGAAUGUCAAUAUAUUUGUCAUGUUGAAGAAAAUAGUGAUGAUGGAUUCUCAAAUUAUGAAUCUGGUGAUGAGGGUGUUGCCACAAGCACAGAUACAAACAUUGAUGUUGAUGAAGAAUCAAGGGUUAAUAGGGAAAAAAAAGAAGAAGUCUACCAUGCAUGA